CUGCGGACGGACAGGAAGAAAGACACUUAACGGCCGAACGACAUUCAGGGUUGUUUUCCUUUGUGUAUUUUUUCCUUUCUUAACUUAGAUACCCUGUCUUUUACGAAAGUAAUACGGUCUUUUAACCCACUAAACUCCUGAGAUACUUGGCUGAAUCGGAGUGCGACAGUUACAAGUCCAUCUCUCCUCAUGCCACUGCGGGGAAGUAAUACACUAUAUGAUAGCAUUUCAGGAGGCACCAUCUAAACGUGAUCGUGAGGGUUAAAGAAGUGGAAGACAGGAAGCUGGAGACAUCUCAUCGCUGGACAUGUCAUACAGCAGCCAGACUCCCCCCGACUCCAGCAGCAACAACACCAGCUCCAGCUCAGCAUCUCAGUAUGCCACGGCGGCAUUGGGUGUUGGACUCCUCGUGCUGGGUAUCGUGAUGAUCCUGUGGAGCACGGUGCCAGUCGGUUCAGCUGUAAACAACUCUCAGAGUACAGAUCAAGUUAGGAACACAUCAUCAGUGGGCUUUGUUCUGCUGGGCACAGGAGUGGCUAUGCUGCUGCUCUCACUUUUCCUUGGCAUACAAAACAAAUACAGGGCGCAGAGGCAGCCGAACAGCAUUGCUAACACAGAGCAAGGACUGCAGCGAGACAGCCUCCCAAAUGAAGCCGAGCAGUACACAGUACCCAGUUAUGAUGAGGUGGUUGGAAAUCCUGAGUACCCUAUUAGCCAGUUCUCUCCACGGCUAAACAGCACCACCCAUCUGCCAGCCUACGAUGAACUGGUGGAGAUGACGCAGGACGAGGUGGAGGGCUCUGGACCAUGCGUACACAAAAAUGGAGCAGAUGAUUUGAACUCGACACACAUACUUCCCCCCCGGACCCACCCUAACCCCCGCCCCGGACUCAAACUGCUUCCAGCGAGGAGCAAGAGCUCGAGCAGCACGCAACAGGUCACUGUGUCCAUCAUCGAACCUCUGACUCCUCCACCACAGUAUGAAGAAAAUCCCCCUGAUCUCUCGCCAGCGUCACAUUGACUAUGUCAGCGCUAACUCUUAUGGCAGGAAGUGUGUCCUGUGAUUAAACAGGCAGGAUGAUUUAGGCACUGAUUCAUAAUGUGUAUCACAGCUUCAUUCAUCACUGAAUGGGACAAUGACAGUGGGACUGUUUGGUCAUGAAAGCUCCCAUAUCUCAUGGCUGAGGAAGAGGACAUGCUGUAUGCGUCUACUUCCUGUUUAUUGUCUUAUCUGAUAUGAGCAGUUCUGAGUUGAAGGUUCCAACAGACAAACUGGAUUCCUAAACAGAAUCAUGGGAGUAAAGGAAUCUCAAAUCGAAGUGUAGUUAACACACUCAGGUAACAUGUUCCAGUGCG